AUGCAUCUAAAAGCCUCUACCGUUAAGGAAGUCUUCAUGGCAUCAUCAUCAUCAUCUUUCCAGAGAAAAAGGUUGGGUACUAAUCUGGAGCUUUCUAAGGAGCAGAUACAGGAGAUCCGUCAAGCUUUUAAUCUCUUCGAUACUGAUGCAACUGGGACCAUUGAUGUUAAGGAAAUUAAGGUGGUGAUGAGAGCACUGGGUUUUGAACCCAAGAAAGAAGAGAUUACGAAGAUGAUAAGUGAAAUUGACAAGGAAGAGACGGGAAAAAUGAAUUUCAAUGACUUCUUGAUUGUGGUAACUCAGAAAAUGUGUGAAAAAGAUAGCAAAGAAGAAAUCAUGAAAGCUUUCAAGCUUUUUGAUGAUGAUGAAACUGGGACCAUAUCAUUCGACAAUCUCAAAGGUGUAGCCAUGGAGUUGGGUGAGAACAUCACUGAUGAGGAGCUUCAGGAAAUGAUUGAUGAAGCUGAUAGAGAUGGAGAUGGGCAAGUCAAUGAACAAGAAUUCCUGCACAUCAUGAAAAAGACCACCUUUUAUUGA